AUGUUGUUUCCCAAACAUUUUGCUAUCUUCUUUCUCUUCCUCUCUCUCAUUGCUGCUGCAGACACCACUUCUUGGAUCAGAGCUGGUUAUUACUAUUCUGGCAGUGAAAUUUCAUCUUCAGACAUAAAAUCAACACUCUUCACACACCUCUUAUGUGCUUUUGCUUUUAUAAACUCCACAAAUUACAACAUCUUCAUAAACUCUUCUGAGCAACACAAAUUCUCCACUUUCACCAACACAGUAAAGCUUCAAAAUCCAUCUGUUACAACUCUUCUAUCAAUCUACAAUGGAAGAGAAAACUCUUCACUUUUUGACUCAAUGCUAAACCAAUCUUCUUAUAGAAAAUCUUUCAUUGAUUCUUCCAUUAAUACAGCAAGAAAAUAUGAAUUUCAAGGCAUAGACCUUUGUGGUGUCUUACCAAAACAAGGUAAAGAACUUGCAAAUUUGGCAACCCUUUUAAAGGAAUUGCGAAUCGCGAUAACUUAUGAUGCAAGAAAGACUAAAAAGCCAGAGUUAGUUUUAGUGAUGGCAGGUUAUUAUAUCAAAGCUUCAGAUUCUGUUAGUUACCCUUUUGAAUCAAUGCAGAAGAAUUUAGAUUGGGUUCAUUUUGUUGCAUAUGAUUAUUAUCUUCCUAGAAGGGACAGUGUCACAGGUUUUCAUGCUGCUUUGUAUGGUUUAUCUGGUUGGGAUAAUACUGAUUCUGGUAUCAAAGAGUGGAGAAAAAGAGGGUUUUCUUCUAACAAACUUGUAAUCGGUUUACCUUAUCAUGGAUUUGCAUGGACACCUGUGAAACAAGGUGAAGGUGGUGUUGGAAAAUCAGCUUCUGGACCUGCUAUUACAUUGGAUGGUUCAAUGGCUUAUAAAUUGAUUAAAAGUUAUAUUAGAAGCUUUGGUGAUGGAGUGGUUUCACGUUAUAAUGAUACUUUUGUGGUGAAUUACUUCACAGUUGCAUCCACUACUUGGGUUAAUUUUGAUGAUGUGGAAGUUAUUAAAGAAAAAGUUUCUUAUGCAAAGAAAAAUGGAUUACUUGGUUAUAAUGUUUUCCAAGUUGGGAAUGAUGACAAUUGGGUCCUUUCAAAGGCAGCUUAUGAAGUAGAUGAAGAUCAUCAUAACAGAAAGUUGCUGAUAAUUGUUCUGCUUACUACUUUGACUACUGCACUUCUCUUAGGAAUACUAGUAUUUUGCUACUACCAUCAAGGAACAGUGAGCACUAUUACAAGAAUGAUAUACAAACUGAGGAUAUAUUUAUCAGCAGCUGAAGAAGAUCUCAAUGGAAUUGGUUCUGAUUUAAUAGUAUUUAGUUAUCUCGCAAUUAAAGUAGCAACAGAUAACUUCUCAGAAGAAAAUAAGUUAGGAGAGGGUGGAUUUGGUGCUGUGUACAAGGGAAAAUUACGGAAGGGACAGGAAAUAGCGGUCAAAAGACUAUCAGAAACCUCAAAUCAAGGACUUGAAGAGUUCAAAAAUGAGAUCGCGCUUACAGCAAGACUACAACAUGUGAAUUUAGUUAGACUUUUGGGUUACUGCACAAAAAAGAAUGAGAAGCUUCUCAUCUAUGAAUAUCUCCCAAAUAAAAGCUUAGAUCAUUUUCUCCUAGAUCCAAGCAAAUCAAUUCUUCUAGAUUGGAAGAAGCGUGUGAAUAUCAUCGAAGGGAUUACUCAAGGCCUUCUUUAUCUCCAAGAGUACUCAAAUUUCAUUAUAAUCCACCGAGAUCUUAAAGCUAGUAAUGUUUUAUUAGACCAUGAGAUGAAUCCUAAGAUAUCAGAUUUUGGUAUGGCUAGACUUUUCGGAAGAUAUGAACUUGAAGCAAACACAAGCAGGAUCGUGGGAACAUAUGGAUAUGUACCCCCUGAGUAUGUCAGAAAAGGCAUAUACUCGCCCAAGUAUGAUGUUUAUAGUUUUGGAGUCCUUCUCUUACAAAUCAUAAGUGGAAAGAGAACUUCACGUUAUUAUGGCCCACAUGAAAAUAUGAACCUUUUGGAAUACGCAUAUGUGUUGUGGAUGGAAGGAAGAGGUGCGGAGUUUUUCGACCCUUCAUUAGAUGAUACAACAUCACCUUGCAAAAUAAUGCGAUGUAUGCAGGUAGCUCUUUUGUGUGUUCAAGAGAAGUCAGCGGACAGACCUUCCAUGUUAGAAGUUGAUUCACUGCUCAAGAAUGAAGGUGCAGAUGUUGGUAUACCUAAUGUGCCCGCUUUUUCGAUGAAAAAACAGGAAAAUGAUAAGGGAGAUACUACUUCUAACUCUGAGUUCAAAUUUUCUUCAAUCAAUGAUGUAACAAUAUCUCAGAUGCUAACUUUUCAGCUAUCAGCUAUCAGCUAUCUUAUAGCUUAUGCCCUCUUAUUUUUACCAAAACAGAGCGACAAUACAAUGUUUUCAAAACAUUUUGCUACUAUCUUCUUCCUUGUCUUCCUAUCUCUAACAUCUCACUCUUUUGCAGGAGACACCACUUCCUGGAUCAAAGCAGGUUAUCACUAUUCCGGCAAUGAAAAUUCAGCUUCAACAAUAAAAUCAACACUUUUCACACACCUCUUAUGUGCUUUUGCUUUUAUAAACUCCACAAAUUACAACCUCUUCAUAAACUCUUCUGAGGAACAAAAAUUCUCCACCUUCACCAACACAGUAAAACUCCAAAAUCCGUCUGUUACUACUCUUCUAUCGAUCUACGCAGGAACAGAAAACUCUACAGUUUUCAACUCAAUCAUAAACAAUUCUUCUCACAGGAAAACUUUCAUUGAUUCUUCCAUCAAUACAGCAAGAAAAUAUGAAUUUCAAGGCAUAGAUCUUUGUGGAGUCUUACCAAUGCAGGGUAAAGAACUUGCAAAUUUGGCAACCCUUUUGAAGGAAUUGCGAAUCGCGAUAACUUAUGAUGCAAGAAAGACUAAAAACCCAGAGUUAGUAUUGGUGAUGGCAGGUUAUUAUAUCAAAGCUUCAGAUUCCGUUAGUUACCCUUUUGAAUCAAUGCAGAAGAAUUUGGAUUGGGUUCAUUUUAUUGCAUAUGAUUAUGAUCUUCCUAAAGUGGAGAAUAUUACGGGUUUUCAUGCUGCUUUGUAUGGUUUAUCUGGUUGGGAUAAUACUGAUUCAGGUAUCAAAGAGUGGAGAAAAAGAGGGUUUUCUUCUAACAAACUUGUUAUUGGUUUGCCUUAUCAUGGAUAUGCAUGGACCCUUGCGAAACGAGGUGAAGGUGGUGUUGGAAAACCAGCUUCUGAUCCUGCUGUUACAAUGGAUGGUGCAAUGGGUUAUAAGUUGAUAAAAAGUUAUAUUAGAAGCUUUGGUGAUGGAGUAGUUGCAUGUUAUAAUGAUACUUUUGUGGUGAAUCAUUUCACAGUUGCAUCCACUGAGUGGAUUAAUUUUGAUGAUGUGGAAGCUAUUAAAGAAAAAGUUUCUUAUGCAAAGAAAAAUGGAUUACUUGGUUACAAUGUUUUCCAAGUUGGGAAUGAUGACAAUUGGGUCCUUUCCGAGGCAGCUCACGAAGUAUAUGAAGAUCAUCAUAACAGAAGGUUGCUUAUAGUUGUUCUGCUUACUACUUUGACUACUGCACUUCUCUUAGGAAUACUAGUAUUUUUCUACUACCACCAAGGAACAGUGAGCACUAUUACAAGAAUGAUAUACAAACUGAGGAUAUAUUUAUCAGCAGCUGAAGAAGAUCUCAAUGGAAGUGGUUCUGAUUUAAUAGUAUUUAGUUAUCUCGCAAUUAAAGUAGCAACAGAUAACUUCUCAGAAGAAAAUAAGUUAGGAGAGGGUGGAUUUGGUGCUGUGUACAAGGGAAAAUUACGGAAAGGACAGGAAAUAGCUGUCAAAAGACUGUCAGAAACCUCAAAUCAAGGACUUGAAGAGUUCAAAAAUGAGAUCGCGCUUACAGCAAGACUACAACAUGUGAAUUUAGUUAGACUUUUGGGUUACUGCACAAAAAAGAAUGAGAAGCUUCUCAUCUAUGAAUAUCUCCCAAAUAAAAGCUUAGAUCAUUUUCUCCUAGAUCCAAGCAAAUCAAUUCUUCUAGAUUGGAAGAAGCGUGUGAAUAUCAUCGAAGGGAUUACUCAAGGCCUUCUUUAUCUCCAAGAGUACUCAAAUUUCAUUAUAAUCCACCGCGAUCUUAAAGCUAGUAAUGUUUUAUUAGACCAUGAGAUGAAUCCUAAGAUAUCAGAUUUUGGUAUGGCUAGACUCUUCGGAAGAUAUGAACUUGAAGCAAACACAAGCAGGAUCGUGGGAACAUAUGGGUACGUCCCCCCUGAGUAUGUCAGAAAAGGCAUAUACUCACCCAAGUACGACGUUUAUAGUUUUGGAGUCCUUCUCUUGCAAAUCAUAAGUGGAAAGAGAACUUCACGAUAUUACGGCCUACAUGAAAAUAUGAAUCUUUUAGAAUACGCAUAUGUGCUGUGGAUGGAAGGAAGAGGUGUGGAGUUUUUUGGCCCUUCAUUGGAUGAUUCAAUAUCACAUUGUAAAAUCAUGAGAUGCAUGCAGGUAGCUCUUUUGUGCGUUCAAGAAAACUCAGUAGAUAGACCUUCCAUGUUAGAAAUUGAUUCACUGCUCAAGAAUGAAAGUGCAGAUGUUGGUUCACCCAAAGUACCCGCGUUUUCGAUGAAAAAACAUGACAAUGAUAAGGGAGAUACAACUAACUCCGAGUUCGAAUUUCGUUCAAUCAAUGAUGUUACAAUUUCUCAGAUGGUACCAAGAUAAUAAUGGUGUGGAGCAGGACAUUCUAAUGUUUAGUGUGAUAUCUGGUUUAGGCUUUUUGGAGCAAGAAAAUUUUGAGAAACUUAAGUAAAUUUUACAUUGAGCUUGAAAUGUAUGUAUCUUAAGAAAAGUCUUUUGCUUAAUAAAAGGAGCUUUAUUCAAUAUGCAUAAGUAAAAUAGU